AUGUACAGAUUUGAUAAGGUGGGAGAGGUGAAAGCAGCAGAGAGGCUCGAAAUAGAGGGCAAGAUAAGAAGCCAAGCACUGUCUCCCGAAACCAACUAUGGCGCAUACCUUGUAUUCAAAAUCAGUGAUGAUGCAUACGGCCUCAACUCCAUACCAUGUGAAACCUUCGUAGCUUCCGGGGACCGCCUGCUGCCCACCAACACCGCCACUUUAGACGACACCAUUAACCGCCCCCUGCACGCCCUCUUCUACGGGAACAGGCUGCACAAGAUGAAGGAGAGGGUAGGGCUCAACCCAGCCGCCCCUUCUAAGAGACAAGAUGGCUGGCUUGAAAUGCACAUCGGAGACUUCUUUAUAGGAGCCGCUGACACCGGCGACAUAACCAUGGCUGUCACGGAGGUUAAGGGUCAUCAGCUUAAGGGAGGACUCAUUGUUGAAGGAAUCCAUGUCAGGCUUAACCCCUAGUUGAGCACUUUUUUUUUUUUU